AUGCCCCCUUGUCCCGUCCUGCCCCCCAUGUCGCUCAUCCCCUCCUGCGCCCCACGUCCGUCCCCCCCACCGUGCCCCCGCACCGACGACUCCGCGGGCAGCGGCGGGGUCCUGCCGCCGGCGCCAGCCCACGGCAGCGGCGCUGGGCCGCCGGGCCCCCGGGCCGCAGCCCUGCACCAGCGCCGCCAGCCCCGGCCCCUGGGGGGUCGCGGCCGGGGGCGCCUCCCCGCAGGGAGCGUCCGGGACGGGCGGGAGCGUCGUCGGCCCGUCGCCGACAGGCCGCUCCGGGCGGCGGGGAGCCCGCCGGAGCCCCGGCGCUGCCGGUCCGCCCUCCGGCCCCGGCCCCGGCCCGGCCUCCGCGAGGGCGUUUCUCGGCGGCUCGGGGCCUCCCGCGCCGGUACCCGCGGCGGCCGCUGCUGCCGCGGCCGCUUCUGCCUGCGGGCCCGGGCCCGGGCCCGGGGCGGCGCUCGGUGGGUGUCGCGCGGGGCGGCGGCAGAUGGCGGCGGGGGGGGCCGCUCCCGUUGGCGUAGCGGAGCUUCUCGCCCGUGGAAGCCGCGAUCGCCGUCUCGGCGCCGCGGCUGCCGCCGCCCGAGCGGUCAGGGCUCCCGGCCGCCGCAGCCGCCGCCGCCGCCGGCGCUGGGCAGGCCGCGGGCUCCGCCGCCUCGCCGCGCCAGGGCCGUCCGCCCCGCCGGAGCGGCCGGGCUGAACGGCGUGCCGCCGGCGAAGGCGGCGGGUGUUAAUCCCAGUUGGUGCUCUGUUAUUUUGUAUUUUGCUGCUUGUAAUUUUAAAAGUGGGGAGUAAUUACUGUCUGCCAUGUUUUGCAUAAUAGCUAGAGUCUAGGCGUUAUUUGCUCAUAAAGACGGCUCUCGUUACUGUUACUGAAGGUUUUAUUCCAGAUACUAUUAUUUACUCCAGUAAACAGUAAGUAGUAAAAAUUAAAAUAACAGAAACCAGGGACGUUGGAAAUCCCGGGAGAAACAACAGGAACACCUCGGUUGGACAAGCGCUUCGGUCCAGCUCGGUCGCUCCAGGAUUUCACGCUUCAGCUCCACCAGCCCUUUUUUCUGGGAACCCCAAAUUCCCGGGGGAACGAACGUGCCUGCGGCAGAUACACUGCAGCAUCAAACCGCUGGCCGCGACACCACCACUGGCCGCCCCCAACCGUCACCGCUGCGCCGGCAGGAGCCCGAGCGGCUGCCAGUCCCUCGGCCAGUGGCACGUCCAACAAAACCCCCGACGCCGCCAGGACCGCGGGGACACGGCAGAGACAAAGACGAGCUGCGGCGAGGGUGGACACCGCAGCAGGUAUG